AUGCUUUUCUUACAGGUAGAUGUCUACGUUAAUAAAGUUGGACCAUAUGCAAAUACUUAUGAAACGUACCAUUACUAUUCACUUCCGUUUUGUCGCCCUAAACGAGUACGAUGUCUAGCGUUUGAAGGAAUUAAGAAGGGAAUUGGACAACUAUUGCAGGUCGUUCAUAAGAGUUUGUCACUGGGCCAGGUUCUCGAGGGCGAUCGUAUGGCAGAGUCAGCCUAUAACAUAACAGUUAUGAAAAACGUCACUAAAGCUUCUCUCUGUGGGUCUUAUAGCCUUGAACAAGCUGAAGUUACUCGACUUAGAAGUGCUGUUGAGGAGGAGUUUUAUUUUGAAUUCAUAAUCGAUGACUUUCGUCUACGGAAUUUUAUUGGAGUAGUUCAGGAGGUGGAAACUUUUCCACAUAAACAUCUUGUCUUUUUAUAUCGACAUUUCUUGUUCAACUUGCAUUAUAACGAGAGAACCAAGCAGUUUCAGAUAAUUUGUGCAACUUUGGAAAAGGAUUCUAGUUCUGCGGUAGAUCUUAGUGCGUUUGAUAGCAGUAACUUUGAGUUACUUUACAGUGUUGUUUGGAUUCCUACGAAGUUGGUUUUUCUUUUUCAUUAUAAGUUUUUUCAUCACAUUGAAACCUCAUGUGGAAGCAAUAGAGACAAUGACUUUUUCACACCUAAAUCCGUUCAAGUGCAGUGGAUAUCAGUGAUCAAUUCUGCUCUUCUUGUUCUUCUACUAAUAUUUUUUGUUUCACUAAUUCUACUUUCUGUGGUGAGGCAUGAUUUGAAUAGGUAUAAUGAGGCCUCUAGUGACAUCGACAUGAUAGUACUUGAGAACGGAUGGAAAACAGUCUCAAUGGAUGUAUUCCGAAAACCUCCACGGUCAAAUUUUUUUUCUGCAAUCAUAGGUUACAUUUUGAUCUUUUUCUUUACUGGAGUUGGGACGCAAUUUAUUUUCUUAAUCAGCAUAAUUUUGAUUGUUGGUUCAACUGACAUACCUAUAGGGAUUGCUGGAUUUGUUUCUGCCCGAACGUAUCGGCAGCUGGAGGGCGAAAAAUGGAUUCAGAAUGUUGUUAUUACCACCGGAUUAUUUAAUGUUCCCAUGUUUUUUGUAUGGGCUAUCAAUAAUUCAGUCUCCUGGAUUAGUGGUUCAACACAGGCUUUACCGUAUACUACAGUAAUACUGCUCGGCAUUCUUUGGCUUUUCGUUGGUUUUCCACUAACAGUUGUUGGCGCAGCUAUAGGCAAAAAUGUUACGUCAAGAUACUCGGCACCAUGCCGAACUCGUAACGUUCCGCGGGAAUUACCUUUAUUGCCAUUUUACCAUUCAACUAUUUGUUUCUCAUUUUUAAGUGGGAUUGUGGCGUUCAGUUCAAUCGCGGUGGAGUUAAAUUACUUGUUCUCGACAUUGUGGGGACGUGAGACUUACACUUUAUGCCAUAUUUUGUUCAUCAUUCUCUGUCUUCUUAUGGCGGUUGUGGCUGCAACGUCGGCAGCAUUAACUUAUUUCCAGUUAAAUGCAGAGGAUUAUAGAUGGUGGUGGAGAUCUGUUUUUGUUGGAGGAGCUGUCGGUUUUUUCGUUUUCUUCUACGGGGCGUUCUUUUACGAAUACCGUUCAGGAAUGUCAGGAUUACAGCAAACUAUACAGUAUUUUUCUUAUCUGUCCAUGUUGUGUUACGUCUUCUUCUUGUCGUUAGGAAGUGUUUCUUUCUUUGCUUCCCACCGUUUUGUACGUUUUAUUUAUUCUAGUGUGAAAACGGAUUAA